AUGGCUGGUGAUAAAGCGGGAAAACAUGGCGGAAAAUUCAAAGGAAAGCGUUCGGCCCGUGCUGGCUUACUGUUCUCUGUGAGUAAAGCUCUAAGAGAUCUCAAAAAACUGAAUACCAGUCAUGUAAGAGUCGAAACUGAGGCUGCGGUCUGUACGGCGGCAGUUUUGGAAUUUCUAGCAGCUGAGUUACUCGAAUUGGCAGGUAAUGCCAGUUUAGACUUAGAGGUCAAAAGAAUCACCCGUCAUAAUUUGAAGUGUGCGAUGAAAGAGGACAAGGAAAUCGACUGUCUUAUCAACUUUACACCUUGGCUGCGUUAA